AUGCACACGCCGGCAGACAAGACUAGCCAGCUGCGGCGCUUUCGAGGCUUUAAUGUCGCGCUUAGUAGCGCGAUAGUCGAUGAUCAAUUGGAUUUGGCAAACCUUCUUGUCGAUACCUUUCAUGGUGUGUGUAUUCGCGAUGGGGCAUUGAAAGCGGUUUGGCAAGGUCACAUUGGCUUUUUACAGCGCCUGCAUGAGGACGGCCGGCUCGCAUGUUGGGGGGAACGGAUGUUGAACGUUGCUGUGCGCUCUGGGGAGCUUCAAACAAUUGAAUGGUUACACGGUAUCGGCAUUGUCGGCUCGGGCGUCGGACUGGUGACGGCCGCGGCUCGGCGUAGAGAAUCGAGGUUUUUGGCUUGGGUAUUGGCCCAUACUGAUGCGCCCGUGGUUGAUGAUGCGUUGGUGGAGGCGUGUGGGGCGGGGCGGAUGAGGAAUAUUAAAGUGUUAUUCCAGCGACUAGGUCGCAUUCACCCCGAUUGUGUGAACCGGGCCGCGGCUGCUGGAAGGCUUGAUGUUAUCAUGUGGCUGCAUGAUCGCGGGGCUGUCUUUACGGCGCAGGCCAUAGAUGCGGCGGCUGGAGCAGGUCAUCUGGAAGUUGUCAAGUGGUUGCACCAAAAUCGGCAUGAAGGGUGCACUUACGAGGCAAUGGACGGGGCUAUUUUCGAAGGUCACGAUGACGUUGUUCGUUGGAUUUUUGAAAAUCGGGGGGAAAGGUGCUCAGAGUCCGGUAUGCAUUUCGCGGUAUCGCGGGGCGCGUUGGAGACUGUUCAAUGGCUACACGAAAAUGUAUUGCUGCAAUGGACGGGUAUGUUAAUGGACGUGUGUGCAGUUUAUGGGUCGCUAGAAUUGUUGGUGUGGCUACAUCGGCACUAUCCGAAUACGUGUUCGGCGGCAGCGUUUGACGGUGCUGUGCGUGCCGGCAACCAGGAAAUGCUUGAUUGGCUACAAGAGAAUCGGUGCGGGGGCUACACUAGCGCGGCAAUUGAGCUCGCUGCCGUGCGGGGCAAUCUCGGUUUAAUCAAGAUGCUUCAUCAUACUGGAGUUGCUAGUAGCGCUCGAGCUGUCGGCAACGCGGCGGCGCAUGGAUACACCGACGUGGUUCGUUGGUUGCGCGACGAAUGCGGGGAGGCGUGCUUUGUCUCCGCCAUGGAUGGUGCGGCCGGGAAUGGAUAUCUUGAAACCGUUAAAUGUUUGCAUUCGGGUGGUGCGCCUUGCACGGUUGGCGCUAUGGACUCGGCCGCAGAAAAAGGUCAUUUGGAAGUCGUGAUUUGGCUUCAUGUGAACCGCGCAGAAGGAUGCUCUAAGCGGGCUCUUGACGGCGCGGCGCGGAAUAGCCAUUUUGACGUUGUCGAUUUUCUUCAUGCUAACCGGGCCGAAGGGUGCAGCCGUCGAGCUUGUGCGUGGGCGGCGGAGAACGAUGAAAUGGAAAUGGUGCAAUGGCUGAAGUUAUUUUACCCGGCUGAGUUUGACUCAGAAGCUGUUCGCUGA